AGCAGAGCGAGUCUCACCGCGCCAAUGCGAAUAUGCGAUGUUAGUUGAUUCAGGUGGUGUGUGUUGUGGUAAAAUAGAUUUCGUAGUUUUUAGUCGAAUAAUGCUACACGUCGAUGUACAGCUCUGGCUAUUCGUAUAAUUAUUACCGCCCGAACAGGGACAGUGCCCGCGACGCGCACACAUCCAGGAGCGCCAACCAGCAAUCUCCAUGGGUGUACCGCGCGCCUGGUAUGCCGAUAAAAUCGACGAGCUACAAGCCCUUCGAUGCCUCAUCCGCCCCCAGCAGCACUCCGACCCUCACCCACAGGCCGCGGUACGCGCGCUCCUCCACCACCAGCAAUGUGGCGCAGCUUCUUAGCGACUCGUGCUCGAGUUUGUUCCAAAAGUUGACCACCAGGGUGCGCGGAUUGUCGACCACGGUCGAAAGACAACUUCCCGCCGACGGCUACCCGACGCCCGCCAACAACGCGGGCGCCUCGCCGAGGGGAUUCGUGCCGCUGAGCGCCAGCAAAAGCACCACCGUCGUUCCCAAUUUCGGGCACACCAUCAGCAGGUUAGAGGAUAAAUACUCGUCGGUUUUGGACAAGAUCUACAAGAAGAACAAUAAGCCGCAGGAGAAGACGCCCGCGCCCCAAGUACCUCCCGGUCGUGCGUUGACCAAGAGCUCCACCACAGUCAACUGCUACUACCCCGAAAAGUCGGUCUACGACAGCAAGGACCAUCCGGUGUACAGGCGGGAGAAGACGCCCUACAAGGAGAGCAGGAAGUCCUUGCACGCCACCAGGCAUUACCACGAACCGCAGUACGUUUAUCUCGAUAAAGAUGCCGCGUAUCGCGUGCGGCACAAUUCAAAUCAUUCCGAGUUACGGCCGAAAAGAACCUCCAAGUCUCAUCACAGGAAUGGGUUGAGCGAGGUGAAUGAUAGAAAGUCCAGCACCUCCCAUAUGAAAUGGUAUCCGGUAGAGAUUAAAUACUACGACAAACCGACGACAACUCUCACUCCCAUACACGGCACCGUCGAAAAAUCGUCGCCGAAUUCGCUGCCCGGCGACAAGGAGACGACGCCGACGCCCAGCGUGCCCGACGAGGAGUCCAAAAGGGAGGCCAAACGGCUGGAAAUCCAAAAUCUCAUAGCCAAAUAUUCGGCGCUGGACGAGGCGUACGAUUACAAAGCGAAAAACGACAGCGCCUACAGUUCCUCUAACAGUACUGCCAGCACUAGUACCAAAUCGGGCGUUUUGAACACCAUCACGCAGAAGUACUAUCCCAAUUUAGCCACCGCUCCCAGCCCAGUGCCUGUUGAAGACGACGAAGAGGGACAUUUGAUAUACAAAACCGGCGAUACUUUAAAACUCAGAUAUAAAAUUUUAGGAACGCUCGGAGAAGGUACUUUUGGAAAGGUCGUUAAAGUGCAAGAUAUCAAAAAAGACUGCCAACGAGCGCUAAAGAUAAUCAAAAAUGUAGAAAAAUACAGAGAAGCAGCCAAAUUGGAAAUAAAUGUUUUAGAAGAAUUAGCACACAAAGAUCCCGAAUGUGUAAACUUAUGCGUGAAAAUGUUGGACUGGUUCGAUUAUCAUGGUCACAUGUGCAUUGCGUUUGAAAUGCUAGGACUCAGUGUUUUUGACUUUUUGAAAGACAACAACUAUCAACCGUAUCCGUUGGACCAAGUUCGCCAUAUCAGCUACCAAUUGUGCCAUUCGGUGAAAUUUCUCCACGAAAACCGACUCACUCACACGGAUUUGAAACCGGAAAAUAUAUUAUUCGUCGAUUCCUCCUACGAAAUCGUCUACGAUGUCAAAAAAAGACGGGACGUAAGAAGGGUGAAAAAAACUGACGUUAGGUUAAUAGACUUUGGUAGUGCCACAUUCGAUCACGAGCAUCACAGCACAAUCGUCUCUACCAGGCACUAUAGAGCUCCGGAGGUAAUUUUAGAAUUAGGUUGGGCUCAGCCGUGCGAUGUGUGGUCAAUAGGUUGCAUAUUGUUCGAAUUAUACCUAGGAAUAACGCUUUUCCAAACUCACGAUAACAGAGAGCACAUGGCUAUGAUGCAAAGAAUUUUAGGGGAAAUACCUGUUAGCAUGGCGAAGAGGACGAAAACGAGAUACUUCUACAAGGGAAAGCUCGAGUGGGACGAAAAAAGCGCUGCCGGGAGAUACGUCAGGAAUAAUUGCAAACCUUUAAUGAAAUACAGGCUGAUGGACGAUCCGGAUCACAGUGCUCUCUUCGAUUUGAUAUUUAAAAUGUUGGAGUACGAGCCGCUCGAGAGAAUCGGGCUGGGGGAUGCGCUACAACAUCCCUUCUUCGCCAAGCUGAACCGGGAGAAGGAGACGAAAGCGGUGGCUCCGCAAGUCAGGAAAAACCGGAGUUUAUCCCGAUGAUUUUAGUGAAUUUUUGACGAUAGUUACUAAACUUGUAAAAGUACAAAAACAGUCCUGAUUUUUCGUUACACGUUUUCGUGUAACUGUUUUUGUAGGGUAAAAAAACCGAGUUACAUUUAGCUACGACUUGACGAUAGUUAAUCGAUAUUUUUGAGAGAAACCUACCUGUUGACGAUGAUUAAUGACGAUUAAUAUUAAUACGCGCGUUUUUUUUAAAUAAGUAUACUUAUAUAUUUUUAUUGAUUUUAAAAUUGGUGAUUUACUGUGAUCGAUUUGAAAGUGCUUUGAUUUACCUACUCAUAAUUUUGAAAUACUCUAUAUUUAUUGAUACUGAUGUACAUACGU